UCUCUGAGUGAGUCAGUAGUGUUGCGCUGAAGAAAAGCUCUCUCCCUCUGGCUGCUAUGACCAUAGAUAUAUAUAUAUGGCUAUGACCAGCUACCGGACCACACUUUCUGCCUUCACGACUGACCGCUGCGGCUAAAAUACUUCUGUUGUAGCGUUUUUUUCGGGCAAUCUCACAUUGAACAUAUAGUCUUUUAUGGUUGCAUCGCCGCCACUUUCUAACCGUAGCUGCUGGCCUCUGAGGCUAGCUGGCUAGCAGAGCAGGGACAGAGUGGAGCCAGCUGGUCGGACAGAGCUACAGUAACGUUAGCAAACAAGCUAAUUAGCCUGGAUUACUGUCUUUAAUCACAGAGAGAGCGCAAAGUCUGCGGGUUUUCCUCACUGCGGCAACAUGAAGAUCACUGUGGACUUCGAGGAGUGUCUGAAGGACUCCCCACGGUUCAGAGCCACCAUUGAGGAAGUGGAGGGGGAUGUGUGCGAGUUGGAAUCCAAGCUGGACAAAUUGGUGAAGUUGUGUAUUGGGAUGAUUGAUGCUGGAAAGGCCUACAAUGCAGCCAACAAGCAGUUUGUUAGCGGGAUCCGGGAGCUCGCCCAGCAGUCCACCAAAGAUGAGGUCAUCGAGUCCAGUCUCACAAAGUUUGCUGAGAGCCUGCAGGAGAUGAUCAACUAUCACACGAUAUUAUUCGAUCAGGCCCAGAGAUCAAUCAAGAUCCAGCUUCAAACAUUUGUCAAAGAUGACCUACGCAAGUUCAAAGAAGCCAAGAAGCAGUUUGACAAAGUGAGCGAGGAAAAGGAGGCGGCGCUGAUCAAGAACGCCCAGGCUCCCCGCAACAAGCAGCACGAGGUGGAGGAGGCCACCAACAUCCUCACUGCCACACGCAAAUGCUUCCGACACAUCGUCCUCGACUACGUCUUACAGAUCAAUGUGCUACAAUCAAAGAGAAGAUCGGAAAUCCUUAAAUCAAUGUUGUCCUUCAUGUACGCCCACCUGACGUUCUUCCAUCAAGGAUAUGACCUCUUCAGUGAACUACAACCUCUAAUGAAACAGCUCGGAGGACAGUUGGACCAGCUGGUGGUGGAUGCUGCCAAAGAGAAGAGGGACAUGGAGCAGAAACACUCCACCAUCCAGCAAAAGGACUUCUCGAAUGACGACACCAAGCUGGAGUACAAUGUGGAUGCAGAUAACGGCAUCGCAAUGGAGGGUUAUCUGUUUAAGAGGGCCAGCAACGCCUUCAAGACAUGGAAUAGGCGUUGGUUCUCCAUCCAGAACAAUCAGCUAGUUUACCAGAAGAAAUUUAAGGACAACCCUACAGUGGUGGUGGAAGACUUGAGGCUAUGUACCGUGAAACACUGUGAGGACAUAGAGCGUCGCUUCUGUUUCGAAGUGGUGUCACCCACCAAGAGCUGUAUGAUGCAGGCAGACUCAGAGAAGCUGCGACAGGCCUGGAUCAAAGCCGUCCAGAACAGCAUCGCCACCGCCUUCCGCGACAAGGGAGAUGAGGGCGAGAAGCUGGACAGGAAGUCGUCCACGUCAACUGGGAGCCUGGACUCUGGUGGGGAGCCGAAGGAGAAAUCACUGAAAGGAGAGAGCGCCCUGCAGAAGGUCUUAGCCAUCCCCGGCAACACCUGCUGCUGCGACUGUGGCCAGCCGGACCCCCGCUGGGCCAGCAUCAACCUGGGCAUCACCCUCUGUAUACAGUGCUCUGGUAUCCACAGGAGUCUGGGAGUGCAUUUCUCAAAGGUUCGGUCUUUGACUUUGGAUACGUGGGAGCCAGAACUUCUAAAGUUGAUGUGUGAACUGGGAAACGGAGUGAUCAAUCAGAUCUAUGAGGCUCGGCGAGAGGAGCUGGGAGCAAGGAAACCACAGCCCGGAGAUCCAAGACAUGAGGUUGAGGCCUACAUCAAAGCCAAAUACGUGGACCGCCGAUUUGUUCGCCGGCCGUCAGAUGAGGCUCUGCGUAACAAAGUGGUUUCUCUGAGCAAACAGGAGAAGAGGCUGAGCAGCAGCUCCGAGCACCUGCCGCCAAGACCGCCACCGCCCACCCCCAAACUCCGCCCCGGACAGUCAGCUGUUGCCAGCGGCACGGAGGCCCGCCGCGACUCUCUCUUCUGUCCUGACGAGCUUGACUCGCUCUUCUCCUACUUUGACAACUCUGCCAAGCUCAGGAGCAUAAAAAGUGCAGAUAGCGGCAUCCAGAACAGCGCUGAUGGGAGCAGGGAGAUGCUGGCCAACACCCCCUCCAACAACAGCCUGACAGAUGCAGACGCUGCUGAGUCUCCGCCCAUGCCCAUGCCUGCCACGCUGCCUCCUCCGUCCCCCUGUAAGGAGAUGGUUUUCUACGAGCCGAAGGAGUACAGCUCAGGUCUGCAGCUCUACUGGGCCGCGUGCGCCCGCAGCCUGCCGGACAUGGCGGAGGCUCUGGCCCACGGAGCCGAGGUCAACUGGGUCAACACGGAGGACGACAAGAGGACGCCGCUGAUCAUGGCGGUGCAGGGGGGUUCGCUGGUCACCUGUGAGUUUCUUCUUCAAAAUGCAGCGAAUGUGAACCAGCAGGACGCUCAGGGCCGAGGACCGCUGCACCACGCCACCAUGCGAGGACACACAGGGCAAGUGUGUUUAUUCUUAAAAAGAGGAGCAAAUCAGAAUGCUGCAGACAUCGAUGAGAAAACACCUCUGACAAUAGCGGUGGAAGCGGCCAAUGCAGACAUCGUCACACUGUUGCGACUGGCCAAGAUGAACGAGGAGAUGCGAGAGGCGGAGGGGCCCUACAGCCAGUCAGGAGAUGAAACCUACCAGGACAUUUUCCAGGAUUUCACCCAAAUGGCCUCCAACGACCCGGACAAGCUGAACCGCUACCAGCAGUACGAUCCGCAGCGCCCCUGACACAACACAAGCACCGUCCACUAGCACUCAGAGACAAAGACAGGUCUGGAAAGACGUUGUCCACUUUCCCUCCAACAUCGUUCAGCAGUAAAGCCGGUUAGUGCCGCCACAGCUGGAAACGUGUCGCCACAUCUGAAGCUCCCUUUCAUCUUCUUGUAUUCUCGCCGCUGUGAUUACGGCGCUUGUUGAAGGCACUUCACUCCAGUGAAGGGGAACUUCUGUGAACAGCAAACCUCACUUUUUUCUCCUUUUUUUCCCCUUUUUUAAACUGUGCUUCCCAGUAGGACCUAUUAUUAAGUGAAUGGUACAGUGUUAAAGCCUUUGGAAGGAUUUGCAACGUCUUAAAAAAUCCGAAUGAUAUUUGAACUCAAUCUGAAUGUAGAGCGGCCAUAAGGGCUGUCGGGUAUUUUAAUUUUUUUUCGUCCUGACAGGAAAAUCGUUUUUUUUAAGUAUAGAAAAAAAAAAGAGGUGUGCUGCCUCAGAGGUAAGUGCAUGACAGACUGUUUAAUACUCCAUUUAAAAUGUGCUUUUCAAUAGGAUUCUCUUUAUGAUCAUAGGCAUCUUUUUUUAUAUCUAAGUCUCGCUUUAGUGAACUCUCAGCAGCGUAUACACGACAUUAUGCUUUCUCACUUAUUUGCACAAAUCCCUUUGUCUUAAAUCGCCACUGAUGUUUACCAGUUUUCAUGGAAAGACUGACAUGUUAAACAAUGUACAGUUAUUACAGAAGUAGACAUGUUAUUGAUGCAAUGUUAAAUAGAUUUUUUGUGAAUUUUAAAAUGCAAGUUGUUUUUGAA